AUGUCGGAUCCUGGAACGCUUGCCUGCGCCUGGAUUCACGGCAAAGUUGACAUAAGAGAUUCAAAAACCGGCGAUGUAAUACUAAAGCAUUCGGUUACUGGUCCAAUUGCAAAUGCAUUUGUAUCCACAGAUCAUCAGCUUGUCAUUGUUUCCACUGAUGGAAAAGGCUUGUGGAUUUUGUUACUUCAUGGUUUUGUGAUUGAUGAAGGUGUUACUGGCAUUGACAAUGGACAAAGUUUGCUUCAUGAACUUGGCAUUAAAAAGCACAAUCUCUUGACGGAACUCCAAAAUUACGAACAGUGUCAGGACGGUGGUGUUGUUGACGAAAUUGGUGCGAAUGAAAAGAAAAUACCGGUAGGCUUUAUGCUACAAAUAAGAUGA